AUGGAGACGACGAUUGCCAAUCAGCCCAAACAAUCCGGUGCAUGAUGGAGAUGCUAUACAUAGUAUACCCACUGCAUAUGGCACGCAGUAUGAGAGGAAACAAUUCUUGGUGCCCGGUGACUUCACAUGGACUUGUCCCUCAGAAGAUACUGUCAAACCAGAGGAAACUGUCAAUCGCACAGCAUGUAACUAACACAAUAACGUCAAAUCACCAAAACAAGAAAACAAAAACCUAGAGAAUCCAUUUCCAGCCCCCACCCUCUGCCCUAUCCCAUUUAAUCCUCCCCUUAAUGCAGGGCGAUGGCCAACCAUGAGGCCCUCCAACUGACCUUGUCCCGUGUCCCACUUUGCAAAAUGGAGGGCACAAAGUCCUACAUAUAUAAUGCCUUCAUCAGCAUCUACUCCUACAAAUCCGAGCUUGAGGAUGGAGGUUGAGUCAGUCAGGUGCGAGUGCUGUGGGCUGGAAGAAGACUGCACCUGCGACUACAUAAGCAGUGUGAAGGCAGACUUCGGCGGCAAGUGGCUCUGCGGCCUCUGCUCGGAAGCCGUGAGAUAUGAGUUCGGCAAGGGGGAGAGGAAGAGCCAUGAGGAGGCCGUGAAGGCUCACAUAGCCUUCUGCAGGAGGCACAACUCCAACCCGGCCGUCCGCGUCGCCGACGGCAUGAAGCAGAUGCUGAGGAGGAGGUCUGGAAGCUUGUCGAAAGCAACGGCCGCCGAGAAAAAUGUCUAGUUGGGAAUCUGUUUUUCUCUACCACUGCAUGCGUUGCUUGUUGUAAUGUGCAAAGCAUUUGAUCACUAGGAAAUUAAAAUCUGUUGAAAUUGUUAUUUUGUAGCUA